CACCGUACAGGCAGGCAGACUGGCUCAGGCUCAUCCAGGGGAGCAGCUGAUACAUUGUAACAGUGAGAGGCAGACAUUGCAUUGCAGUAGAACGCUGAAUGGAACAUUGAUAGCAGCCUGCAUUCUGCAUUGAGCUCCCAUCCACUGGAGCCAGGCAGCUACAGGAAUCUCACUGUACCUGAGAAGCAAGAGGAUUUCGUUUUCCAUUUGAGGUGGGAAAGCAGCACCCAAAGGUGCUAUGCCAACAGAUAUCAUGAAUGCAGUGAGGAUGCAGCCUAUUUCUCAGCUGCAGCACCACAGCCCUGUGGUGCCCAUCAGGCUGCUGACCAGGGGCCCAGAAUAUCUACGGCGACAGAUGGAGACUGGGACACCACGAGCUACGCUGAGUGCAGUGGAAAGGCUGGCAGCAGAUAAGGCCAAGUACGUGAAGAGCCCACAGGUGGUAUCUGGGGGUAGUAGCAAUGGCAGCCAACGUAAUACCCGGGGCAGCUCAGCUUCAGAAAGCAGCAGCGACGGCAGCUCACAAGGCAGCAGCAGCAAAAAGAGUCACCAGGAGCAUUUGGACCAACAGAUAUCCCAAAAAAUAGCCACUCCUAAUCAAGCAGGUCCCCCCGUACGACGUGGGAGCAGCAAGAGACAGAUGCGGCCCGACUCCUUGGUCAUAUAUCGCCAGAAAAGUCGAGGGGACAGCCUGGUCGAACAAACUCGGGCUAGCCUUGUGCGAAGGCUUUUUCAGGGAAAUGUGAAAGAAAAAACCACAAUAGUGCCUCAAACCCUUGAAGAGGGCAAAGUUGAUGGAGAGGAGAAACCUCUCGGCAGGGUAUGUCAAGACCUCCGCUCCAGAAGUGGCCUUCACCGCUCACAAUCGGACAUCAGUUCCCGCUAUUCGCGGUCUUUCUCUGAAUUUGACACUUUUUUCAAGUACUGUGGUCUAGAUCCUGAAGUGGUGGAAGAACUGGGCAAGGACAGGUUUACUGCAGCCCAGGAGGAGUUACAAGACGCUCCAGGGUCACAGCACCGAAUUCGCAGUGUUAGCGUGGCCACCUCGGAGAGCGGCUUUAGCCGGAGGAGUGGAGAUGACAGCACUGGUGGACUUCAAGAGGAUGAGCCUCUAAGUGGGCAGCUCCCUGCAGGAGGCAACAGUAACACUUCAGUAAUUGAACGUAACGCCCGAAUCAUCAAGUGGCUCUAUAGCUGCAAGAGGGCAAAGGAGACAAGGGGGGGAUCUCCUGACCUGCCAUGAAACCCUAAUAUUAUAAUUUGGGUCAUGAGACCCCCGAUGGAACUCUGUUACUUCUUCAGUAUUGUACCUUGGAUAAUCGUUAAAAUAUUGCAUCAUGACGUAAAAAGCCAAUCUUUUAAAACACUGGAAAUUAUUUAAGAACAGCAAGAAAUCUCAUUGUAUUCUUUUCUUUCAAAAGCUUCCAAGAGAGGGUGAUGUUUUGUGUGAGGAAAACCUGUAUAAUGGACUGCAGUUAAUCAAAGAUAUUUACAACUGCAGAUGGGAUCCAUUGUCUUUUCUUAGCCUUUAAUUGUGCCAACUUCUCUAUUACCUGCUCUGCUUUUAGAUGUUGCAUGUCUACAGAAAAUGUAUAUAGGCAGACUGUGGCAGACUGAAUUGAAAAUGUGCUUCCAUUGUUUCAGACACAUUAUAUUCAUUGAAAUAUUGAAUUAUGUUCUGUUAUGUUCCUGCUGAUAUGGCCUAGAAUAGUGAUGGCUAAUCUUGGUUUCCCCAUGUUUAUGAACAUUUUCCUCAAUGCACAGCUUGCUUUUAGAUGUACAUAAAGCAUUAUGGGAGAUGUAGUUUCCAUGCAUUUGGGGUACCAUAUUUAUCACCGCCUUGGUUUGCAAGAUGUACAUCAACAGUUUAUUUUAGUAACUGUGUUUAAACCUGUUUUUUUUGCAUACAACAUUUAAUUUCUGCAUUAACCAUUUGAGUUCCGGAUGACUGAUCAAUACAGUACCCCUCUGGCGUUAUAUAGGUAAUGCCCAUUGUGAUUUAAAAUAGCAUGUUUCCAUCCAGAGAAUCUAUGACCCUUAGAGUGCCAUGGUGUAAGCAAAAUGUUAUUCCCCACUCAAAGAUUGUACUGCUAGCAUAGUACGAGGUCUGUGUUUUGCAUAGAAUUUUUUUCUCAAAGAACCAGGAGAAUUCAUUGUGGUUAACAAGUUAUUGUUUGCAUAUUAAAAUUAAACAGGCAAAAGGUCAGGGUUUUGUAAGUCUUAUCUGGGUCAAGAUCAGCUGCCUCCAUGAUGCUGUUCUUCUAGCUAUUUCUAGAAAUUUCAGUGCUGCUUUCUGUGCUGUUAGCCAAAGCUCUUUUGUAGUUUUGGUUUUGUGUGAUUAUAUCAAAAUUACUUUGAAAAAUACCCUAAAAUAUCUAAUCAGACCAUAACCCAUGCUACCUGCAGAAUGUUCUAGACCCCAAUCUAGGCUAUCUGGAUUAAAUAGUGUUAAAAUGCAUUUCACAUUGUUCACGUGGACAAUCAUGUGAAAUUGCCCCGUGAAGGUGCCUUUUCUGGUGUAUUCUAGACAUUCCAAUUCUUACAUCUAAGAAUGACCUCUGUAACCCAUACAUUUAGGUGCUCAGGAGAACAGAUGUAUUAGUAAUUGUGUGUGUGUGUGUGGAAGGCCUAGGUAGGAGACUUUUCAACACAGGUUUUAGGCCAAUGUCAAAUGAAAAUCUAAAAGGCGUAUUAAUCCUGCUAUUCUGUAAGACGUAUUUGACAUGUAAUGGGAAAUCAUGAUUUCUUAAAGUGCAUUUGAUCCUGGGCCAGUAUAAACUGGUAGCUAACAAACUCUAGAUAUAGUGGUUGGUUUACACUAAAUGCUUCUAAUUGUGCUUUAAGUUAGCAAGUUAUGCCAUGCAUUUUUCAUAUUGCUUCGCUGGUAGUAGGAUUUCUAGAACCACAAUGUUUUACUGGACACUUUUUAUUCCUGUAUGCUGUGUAGAGCAUUUUAGUAGUAUUAUUAUUAUUCAUUAAACGCCAACAAAUUCCGCAGCGCUGUACAAUGGAUUACAGGAAAAAUGCUACCUUGUAUUGUUAGUUGACAUGCUGCAGGAGGGAAAUCAGUUAACUAGUCAAGGCAGUUGACAAGUGAGUUGAAAUUCCUUCCGUACCAUCUUAACACUGCAUACUGCAGGGCAGCACUCUUCAUGAACUGCCCACUAGUAGUAGGUGUCCUGAAAAUAUGCUGGUUCUGGUAACUGCGAGGCGUUUAUUGUGUCAGAAGCUGACUGCAUUAACUUGAAUUAGAAUGUUGACAUACUUUGUAGGUUCAGUCAAACCAGUUUAGUUUGUGGGGGUUUUUUCCGGCUGUAUCAGAGUUCAUAUCUGUAUGGAGUAGGCUGGUAAUAGUGUUGUUUGCAGCAGUUAGAUUAUUGCACAAACCAUGGUAACUGUGCAGCAGCAGAGUAAAAAUAUCUGUGUGCAUUUCAAAAUAGAGGUAUUUACCUCUAAAAAUACACAGAGUGCAAGCCAGUAGCAGGAAAUGUGAUGUUUAUCUUCUCCAAGUCCCUUUGAAUUUAACCUAAACCUCGCUUUGCUUCUGGUAUAAGUCUAUAUAUAUUCUAACCUUUGAAGAGAUUGCUAGAUCAAUUUUGGGCAAAAGGUAUAUCCUUAGCUACUAUAGAACUACAAGCUCCAUGAUCCUUUGCUAUCAGCAAGGCUGGAAAAGCUUCAUAGGAGUUAAAGUUAUACAACAGUUUAGGCUCUACCUUUUGGCCACCCCUAUUUAGAUAAUGCAUUUUAUCAGCUUUGUGCUAUAGGGAAUAAUUGUCACAAGUGUCAUUUGGUUUAUUCAGUAUUAGAUAACAAAACGAGCUACUAGCCUAUCCAGCAAAGCUUUCUAACUGCAACACUAAAGGGGGAAAAUCUCACUGUUUUUAGUGGGUAUUUGGUGCUGUUUUUACAUCCCUAGCCUUAUUUGCAGAUGAGAGACUUUGAUCAAUAGAAUCCAAUUGUAUGUUUUUUAAGAUUAAAUUAAGCCUCCUCAUUUUGACAAACUCUCUCACGACUUGCGUGGAAUGCAGACCUCAUAAAGCAGCUGCCUCAGGCAAAAAGCAUUUGGUUCACAGGUGGGGCUAUACCCAGUGCUGUGAGACACAAGAACAAAGAUAAACUGUGAGGGCCUCUCACUUCUUCCUUGUGAUCUGUCCAAUUUCCUGGUCGUCACAUGGUUCGGUACAUUUUGCCACAGCUAACAGAGGUGAACCCUCAGAUUCUGUAGAACUGAAAAACCCAUUAUGCCUUAAAAAAGUUUUAAGGCUGACAAAGCAUCAUGGGAAUUGUAGUCCGUACCAUCGAGUUGAGUCUCCCAUUUAACCUCCCUUGUAGUAAGCUGAAACGUUAGUCUGCUGGCCAAGAACCCUUCAAAUAUCAUGCUUUAUCAUUGGGGGAAGGGCUUAAAAUACUCUUGUAUAUUUCAUAUUGGUUAACUCAACAUUAAGAUAUAAUAUUUCCCUUUUAACACUUAGGCUUAUUAACUAAAGUGAGAACUCAAAUUUAAGGCCAUAGGAGACGGACCGAAAAAAAAAGCUGACUUAGAGAGUUUUCCUAGUUUGGCUUACUUUUACCUUAAAUUUGGAAUUCACUUUGAAUUCACCCUUUAGAAUAAUCCUGCUAGCCUGUGCUUCACUGUUGCCUGUAGGACAAAAUGGGUGAAUAGCAUUAUGUAUAAACAGUCUAUUUACUUUGUUAGGUGUCCAGAAAAAAAGGUGGCACAGAAAGAAUUGGUAAAAAAAAAUAAAAAAAAAUAAUAAUGAUAAGAUCUAGAAAUAUGUCACCUUUAAAAUGCAACUGUGGUCACUGUGACCCAAGGCUACUAACUUUGUCUCCACCUGCCUAAAGGGAUGCGUACUGGAUUACAAAAUGCAAUUUGCAAAGACUUGUCUUGGGAGAGAAAAAAAAGAGUGGCUGUAUAAAGGAUAUUGCAAAUUAAAUCACCUGGGCUUUUUAACCUGAUUCAAUGAAUUAGAGAGCAAACAAUACGUUGUUUGUUGCUAAAUUGCAUAGGAGGCUGGUCUUUUUGUUUUACAUGUUAUUUACAUAUUUUCUAACAAACAGUCCAGCUAAGAGAGGAGCAGCUUUUACAACUGUUUAGCUUGUAUGUAAGUGGCAUUUCUUGUGUCUAAAUAUUUGUUCUUGUGCCUGAAGCUUGUAUAUGCAACAGGUAGCCUCUUCAUUGGCUGGCCACGCUCUGCUGACCCUGUGUGUUUACAAAAUACAUCACUGCCAAAAUGAUACCUUCAGCUAGAACAGGGACGAAGAUGCUGUGAUCUCCCUGCUAUCUGAAGACUUCUAUUCCCAUCAUGCUCAGCCAGCUGAUGGAUGCCUGAACGUGAUCUAAAUUUCAAUUGAAAACAGCUAGGCCAUCGUGCAUUCCUCUAUCGAGCUCAUUUGAAGCAGAUUCUGUGACCAUUUUGUUUGUCUUUCUACAAGUUAUAUAUUAUAAUAUUCUUACUGUAGAUAAUUGUUGCUAUUUAUUGUUUUUAAUAUUAACAUUUUGAUGGUUCUUGUUAAGCCUUGUCACAUACAAAGUGUUAACUACUUUCUUAUUGUUUUUACAUUGAUAUUUUUAUAUCUUAAUCCCUUUAUCCUUGCUUAGUCUCAACACUGUCCUUUAAGACUGUUUUCUUGAAACCUAGACACUGCUGAUAUGACGGUAAACCAUUAAGUUUUAUGCAAGAGAAUCAUGCAAGGAUGUCAACAACAUGAAUGUUGAUUGAUAUAGAGGGACAUUUCCAUGUGUAUCUGAAUGCAUCAUAUGCAUGUUGUGUGCCUGUAGUAUAACAAAGAUUAUAAUUCUGUAUUUCAGCUACAAUAAAUCUAUUUUAGGGAUGGGCAACCCCUUCAGUUUUGGACUAUAAAAAAAGGGGUUUGUUCACCAAAGUAGGAAUUACGAAAAAUAAACAAGAUAAUUUAACAUUUUUAGACCAAAAUACCCAAUCUGGAAAAAUAGCUGAAUUGAACCAAUUCAACUAUUUUUACGUAACAUUUCAGAAUUUCCAGUUUAGUGAAAAAAAUGUUAAAGUCAUUGUUUGGUUGAUGUUGAUGAGAGUGAUAUAUAUAUCUAUCUAUAUAUAUAUAUAUAUAUACACAAGUUCAUGUACGUGCCAAGCAUGUGGUUUUUGCAUGGCGUUUUACAAAGUAAUUUUACUACUUUAUAACUAUUCUUAAAUCACUGAGUACUUACGAAUAGGUAAUGCACUGCUACAUCACUCAUAGAGUUUUACACUGACUGUUGCGUUUCAUAACUCCAAUGAGCAAAAAAAUUACUUUUGCUUUCAGUGGGCUACAAAUACUCCCAGUAAAGGACCAUAUAAACAGCUAUAUGUAGAUACAAUGGUACGGUUCCUAUCUGGGCUAGUCUAUGCACACUCCUGUAGCCGUGUAGAUAUGACGUUUAUUUGGUAGAUUACUGACACUGGAAAUUACAAUUUAAGCUAUGUACAUAAAUGUCCAUUUUUAUUUUAAACCCACCCAUUCAGCUCGGAUAAUACUUACCCCCAGCACCUGUGGUUAUAUGUUAACUUGAGAAUAUUAUGAACAUUUCGGACCAAAGUUAAUGUGUGGCUUAUUCUGUAAACGCUGCUGUCUUAUUAAAAAAAAAAAAAAAAGUUAAUCGUUCAAAGUUUUAUUGUACAACACUCACAGAGAUCAAGGUCCUCUUUGUAUAUUAUUAUUGGAACUUUGUGCAAUAUAUAUAUGUAUAUGUCUUAUCAUUUGUACAGUAUUUUUCUUCUUGUAAAUAGUUGUGUACAGGAAAUUUGUGUCACGUUUGUGUGCAUAUU